UCUCUCUCUCUCUCUCUCUCUCUCAUCUUCUCCCAAACAAAAUGCUCUCCCCAAGCUUCCCUCUAUCCGCUCCCUUUUCUUCAACCAUAACCACAAAUCCAAACCCCAAAACCUUUAGUUUUCAUGCUGAAACUCUACGAAAGCCGAGUAAUAUUUCACUUACAUGCAGAGCUUCCACUUCAUCUUCAUCAUCUUCGAUCACAGACUUCGAUCUCUAUGAUCUUCUGGGCAUUGACAGCUCUUCCGAUCAGUCGAAGAUAAAGACGGCGUACAGAGCGCUGCAGAAGCGGUGCCACCCGGACAUAGCUGGACCGGCAGGCCAUGACAUGGCUAUCAUACUCAACGAUGCUUAUGCCGUUCUCUCUGAACCCAAUUCAAGAUUGGCGUAUGAUAAGGAACACGCAAAAAUGGCAGAAUUACUAGGCUAUACAGGCAAACCGAUAUAUUCGGUGUGGUUUGGUUCGGAGAAUGAAGAGAGAGCUGUUUUUGUGGAUGAAGUCAAAUGUGUUGGCUGCUUAAAAUGUGCCUUAUUUGCCGAAAAGACUUUUGCUGUUGAAUCGGUUUACGGUAGAGCACGGGUGGUUGCUCAAUGGGCUGAUCCUGAAGAUAAAAUUCAAGAGGCCAUUGAAACAUGUCCAGUCGAUUGCAUCUCGGUUGUAGAGAGGUCCAACCUGGCAGCCUUGGAAUUCCUAAUGUCGAAGCAGCCACGUGGCAAUGUCAGAGUUGGUGCAGGAAAUGCUGUCGGUACACGUGUCUCUAAUAUAUUUGUCGAUGUGGAGAAAUUUCAGUCUAGAUUUCAAGAUGUCAUGGACAAAGGUUCCAUAAAACAAUCCAAGGAAUCAGACGACGGAAGAGAAUCAAGAAUUUCAGCUUUUCAAGCAAUCAGAGCGAUCUCAAAUUGGUUGUACUGGCAAUCACCCUCUUCUGCAGGAGGAGCUUCCACACAAACUCCCCAAAAUCUGAUACACAUUGCCCGAAAAUCCACUGAACCAGACAUCAAAAAACUUCGUGAUGCUGUGGCUGCUAGAAAACAAGCCAGGCAGAAUGUGAAACGCAUUUCUGGGAUCUCAUCAAGUUAUCUGAAUGAGGAGUACUGGACUCCAUCGACUCUCAUUCUUCCCGAGCCUACCAAUGACAAUGCUGGUUCUCGAGCUCAUGCCUCAGAGUCUUCCCCUCCAAAGGAACCGAAUCAAGCAAACAACAACAAAGAAUUUAUAGCACGGAAGAGAACCCCGAGCAGCCCCUUCACGUGGGCUGUUCCUAUGGGGGCAGCCACAAUCGCGGCAGUUUUAGCACGCCUGCAGAUUGAAGAGGCAAGUACUGGUGGAUUGGAAGAGCACAUAGGCGGAUCAUUCGCGUUGGGCAUUGUCAAUAGCUCCUGGUUACCGGUCAUUUUAGCAGGUGUUACUUGGUAUCUCAUUGGUAUGUAUACAGUAGAAUUAGUAGAAUCCAUUCGAAGCAAGCUAGGAGAGCGCAAAGAAUAGGGAAGACACUUCAUAUAUAAAGAUCAAUGCAUAUACUGUAAUAUAAAGUCAUUGUGCAAACAUAAGAUUUCAUAAAUUGAAUUACGUAGCAGAUUGAAUAUCAGCAUAUACAAGAACCAUCCUUUUUUCUAA